GUCCCAAUUUUAAAAUCCUAUUUUGAUUGUUGUACCUUGUUGUUUGGGAUUGGAUUCCCCCAAAUAUUGUUUAAGAGGCAAUGCGUUGAAUAUAUAGGAUCCACAAAAAUAUUUCAAAAAUAAAAGAAAGAGAAGUUUCAUUAUUCCCAAUACAAAUUAGUACGUAAAAUUUCCCCACUAGUCACGUACCUCAAGAAAGCAUUCAAAAGGGACUCUCACGGUCACCCCCCACCAAAAGAAAAGAAAGAAGGAAAUUCGAGAGGGAGAGAGCAGAAGGCGCAAGCCGGGGACAUUCCCCACAUAUUACGUACGAUUAGCACACGAAGCGUCUCACAACAACGUUUUAAAGAGACCCAAACGCAAGAGGCAGCGGGACAGCCACGCAAACACAGCACAGCUUCCUUUCAAAAUUUGUUCCUUUUUUUGAACUAGGGUUAGCUUUUACGAAUUCGCACCCAUGGCUACACCGAUACCAAAUCCACCGCCAGAGACGCUAUCGGAGCAAAGCGAUCCCAAGCCAGCGUUGAGGAAGCCCGAAUUCAAGAAGGUCGAUCAGUUGAAGCCCGGUACUGGCGGACACACUCUCACCGUCAAGGUCCUCGCCUCCAACACCGUCUUGGCGAAGGGCCGGUCCGUCUCUCAGCAUCUUCGCCAGACCCGUAUCGCCGAGUGCCUCGUUGGAGACGAGACGGGCGCGAUCAUCUUCACCGCCCGCAACGAGCAAGUGGAUCUGAUGCAGCCUGGCGCAACAAUUAUUAUCCGUAAUGCAAAGAUUGACAUGUUUAAGGGAUCUAUGAGGCUAGCAGUAGACAAAUGGGGUCGGGUUGAGGUCACCGAGCCUGCAAAUUUCACUGUCAAGGAGGAUAACAAUCUAUCUCUAAUUGAAUAUGAGCUGGUGAAUGUUGUGGAGGAAUGACUGGGAUCUUUUGGCAGAUAAUAUAUUGAGAUAAGAGUAGGGGCAGAGUUUUCAAGGUUGUGAUUAUCUGUUCUAAUUUCUGGUAAAUGUGGUUGGAACUGGUGUUCUUGUUUUCUAAAAUAUGACUACCAUGACAAGGCUUUGUUAGGUAUUGGCAGGGACAGCUCAGUCCUUGCCUAAUCUAGAAAUAUGAACAACUUCAACGCUUUUGGUCAGGCUUUUAACGCUUUUGUUUAGGCUUCAA